AUGGACGUCUCCAAACACAUCACUAAGAAAGGCCCAGACCCCAUCCUGCUCACCCUCUUCGCCAACCGCUUCAUGUCCGUAGCAGAGGCGAUGGGCCGGUCGCUGCAACAGACCUCCAUAUCGACCAACAUCAAGGAGCGCUUGGAUUUCUCAUGUGCGCUGUUUGCGCCAGACGGAGACUUGGUGGCGAAUGCGCCAUUUAUUCCGAUUCAUUUGGGGAGCAUGAGUUUUGCGGUCAAGUAUCAGAUGAAAUUACAUGGGGAGAGUUUGAAGGAGGGCGAUGUGCUAAUGACGAAUUCUCCGCAUGCCGGUGGCUCCCAUCUCCCAGACAUAACUAUCAUCUCCCCGGUCUUCUCCCCAACAAACCCCACCAAAAUAAUCUUCUUCACCGCCUCCCGUGGCCACCACGCCGACAUUGGCGGCAUCCUCCCAGGGUCCAUGCCCCCCACGUCCGUCAACAUCUUCGAAGAGGGAGCGGAGAUCGUCAGCUUUAAGAUAGUGAGCGAGGGCGUGUUCGACGGGGAGGGAUUGAGGGAGUAUAUGUGUGAUAGACCGGCGAGGUACCCGGGCGCUAGUGGGUGUAGGAAUUUGAGGGAUGUCGAGAGUGACUUGAAGGCGCAAAUCGCGGCGAACCAUAAGGGUAUUCAACUCAUUCAUCAGAUCGUCGAUGACUAUGGCCUCGAGACCGUCCAGAACUAUAUGUACCACAUUCGAAACAACGCCGAGAUGUCCGUACGGAACUUGCUAAAAGACGUAGCGAAGAAGAACGGCUCGAACGUUCUGAGCGCAAUAGAUUAUUUGGACGACGGAUCGCCCGUGUGUGCCCCUCCCUUCUUCGUCCCCCUCUUCCAACUUCAUACUAUCGAUAUACCCAUGCAGGUCUACACCCCACCCAAGAUCCGCCUCCACGUCGCAAUCGACCCCUCUGCUGGCUCCGCGAUCUUCGAUUUUGAAGGCACAGGCUGCGAAGUCCGCGGGAACCUCAACGCUCCGAUCUCGGUCGUGCAUAGCGCGGUCAUCUACUGUAUGCGGAGUAUGCUCGAUAUGGAUAUACCUUUGAACGCUGGAUGUCUGGUCCCGCUUGACAUCCGCAUCCCCCAACGCUCCCUCCUUUGUCCCUCACGCACCGCUGCCGUCUGCGGCGGCAAUGUCUUAACCUCGCAACGCAUCGUUGACGUCGUCCUCAAAGCCUUCCACGCCUGCGCCGCCUCCCAAGGCUGCACCAACAACCUCACCUUCGGCGCCGGCGGCAAAGCCUCCGACGCCUCUGGUCGCACCGUCGCUGUGGCAGGAUGGGGCUACUACGAGACAAUAGCGGGCGGGAGCGGUGCGGGCCCUGGGUGGCACGGGACGAGCGGAGUGCAUACGCACAUCACGAAUACGAGGAUCGGGGACGUGGAGAUUUUGGAGAGGAGGUAUCCGUUAGUGGUGAGGAGGUUUGGGUUGAGGGAUGGAAGUAAUGGGAAGGGGAAGUGGAGGGGUGGCGAGGGAGUUGUGAGGGAGUUGGAGUUUACGGAGGGGUUGCAGGUUUCGAUUUUGUCGGAACGGAGGACCAGACAGCCCUAUGGCCUCGAAGGCGGUGGACCUGGCGCACUCGGGAGAAACACCUGGAUCAAACAGCCGCGCGAAGAAGACGGGGACCUCAUCGAGCCGGACUCUAGCUCUGACUCUGACUCUGGCUCCAGUGCGAGCGAGCCCCAGGAGCCGCGGUACGUCAACAUCGGAGGGAAAGCUACGGUGUGGAUGGGUAAAGGAGAUAGGUUGCUUAUCGAGACGCCGGGGGGAGGAGGAUGGGGGUUGACGGAGGAGGCGGAGAAGGAGUUAGAGGAACAGGAGGAUUUGCAGCAUGUGAAGGCUUGGGCCGCGAGGGGGAGUUUGGCGGAGAGGGAGGCUGCGCAGGCUGGGUUCUGA